AUGACCGAUCAAUAUAUGGUAUCAAUGAUGGACACAAGUCGAAAUAUGUCAUUUGAUAGUAGUGGACUUUUAACGUGUUCAACGAUUAAUGGACUACAUUUUCCUGGUCUUACAACAUCAGAACUAUCAGAUACAGGUGGAGGUGGUAGUCGAAGAACAAGUUUUCUUUAUGACAGUCCCUCCAUGUGUGAAUCAAUGAUAGAAAGUUUCUCGUCCGCAGGACGAGGAGGGGAUGGUGGUCACGAUGAUACAAUAUUAAUUAAUCAUGCAAACAUGCUGCAAUCAGAUCCAUCAAUAAUGGCUAGUUUAAAGAUAGAAAAGCGAGAUUCAUUUAUACAAAGAAAACGUCGUUCUCGUAAAUCACAAUUUGAUGCAUCAUCACUCGAUGCAACAAUGUCACUUGAUAAAAUCGAACCUGUCUAUGCAAUCGGUGAACAAAAUGAAGCGGAUGAUGUUUGGUUAUAUGAAGUACCAAACCAUGGACAUAAAACUGAUCCUGUAACUGAUAAUAUAUUUUCAUGGGUUCAUAAAGAAUUUAAAACAAAUGAUAUCAAAGCUAGUAAACAUCUACUUCUUUGCAAGCUUGAUGAUAUGUCAAAUGCACGAGCAAUACGAAGCGUAUCAUGUCAUAAUUUUGUUCCUAAUCGAAAAUCUGAUAAUGUGAAACGAAGUUUAACAGAACAAGAAGUUAAUUCAGAACCCGUGAGAAAUGGUCAUGUUCGAUCGAUAUCACCAUUUCAUCCUAGUAUUGUAAUUACAAACAGUCAUGAAAAUAGUACUGUAUCAACUAUGAUGCGAUCAAGAGAUACUUCAAAAGAACGUGAGCGAGAACCAUUGGAUUAUACUGAUCUUGAAGUGAUGGCUAAAAUGCAACUCGAGAAUUUACGUCAAGCCGAACGACAAGGCCCAUUAUUUAAACGUUUUGGUAUGUUAUUUUUUUACUUAAAGGAAUUUUAUUCGCCCUACGCAAAAUUAUUUUUAUCAAUCAAUUGA